AUGUUUGAUUGUGAUUUAGUUUAUUUAAAUUUAGGUGGGUUAGAAAUUAGUUUUGAAAACUUAAUGUUGAUCAAGAAGAAAUUUUUAAAUUUGAAAAGUUUAUGCAUUGCAAAUACUUCAAUUGAUAUUGAAUCACUUGUUGAAUUUUUAAAACCUCCUAAUGAUGAAAAAUUAAUAACUUCUCAACGUUAUCAACAAUUGGAAUUCUUGGAUUUAACAGCAAAUAGAUUUAUAAACCGUUGGAGUAUUGAUAAUCCACAUUUCUUGAAUUGUUGUCCAUCAUUAGUUGCUUUUGAAUUUUCAAUAAAGAUUAUUAAUGAAUUGGAACAAAUUGGAGGGAAAUUAAUAACAAGAAAUGAUUAUAAUGAAAGGGUAGUUUGGAAAACUUUUGACUCAUUAGGUAGACGUGGUUGGGUUUUCAAAGUUGAUGAUUUUAAAAACCAAGAUAAUCUAUCAAAAAUUGGAUUAACUGAAUAUGAUAUUGAUACUGGACGUAAAAUUUUCAAGAUUUUAAAACAACCUGAUUUCUUGAAGAAUGUUAAUAAGAAGAUAAGUGUUUCUAAAGGUGUGUUGUUCAAUGCAGAUGAAGUGUUUGGGGAUUUGGAGAGAGGAAUUUAUAAAUAUUAUGGUAUGAAGAUGUGA